AUGAGUCAUAAUAACGUGAAAUAUAAUAACAAGAGGGUAGCAUGUCCAGUCAACGACGUCAUCGGUUCGGAUGUGGUGAAAGACGUCGAGUCACCAGAGGCCUCGACCAUGAAUAUGUGUGCAAACGUUUGCUCGCUGGCAGCCACUGAAAAGCUCGAAGAGAACGAUCAUGCAACAUUUGAAUGGAUGGAAUUCAUCAUCGUUGUCUGA